AUUCUUAGCUGUUGUGGGUAGGGAUGCCAAUAACAGCAUGUUCCCACUAGCUUGGGCUGUUGUGACUGUUGAGAACAAAGACACUUGGAAAUGGUUUCUUGAUCUACUCAUGGAUGAUAUUGACAAAGGCAGUGGAAAUGGGCUUACUCUUAUAUCAGAUGGACACAAGGGUUUAAUUGAAGCUAUCAAAGAAAGGGUUCCUCAUGCUGGGCAUAGAUUAUGUGCUAGGCACAUACUAGCCAACUUUAACACAAGGUUCAAAGGUGAGCAUUUUAUCAAGCCAUUUUGGAGAGCUGUGAAGGCUACUACAAAACAGAGACAUGAAGCUGCUAUGCAAGAGAUCAAGGAAUUAGACAGGGGGCAUUUGAUUAUCUCAUGGAGAGGGACCCUAACUGUUAUUGCAGGGCUUUUCAAGAAGAAAAUAGGAGAUUUGAAGGAGAAACAAAGAUUCUGGGCUGUGUACCCUUGUGGGUAUCAACAAUUUGAGGUGGUAUUAUGUAAUGACAGGUAUGCAAUUGACCUGAUCAGAAGGACUUGUGGAUGCAAGAGAUGGCAGUUGACUGGAAUACCUUGUGUACAUGGAGUGGCUGCAAUUUCAUCCAUGAACUUAAACUCAGAGGAUUAUGUAGCUAACUGUUACAGUAAGGCAACUUAUCUCACCUGCUAUGCAUACAUUAUUCAUCCUUUGAAUGAUAGCUCUUUAUGGACACAAAGUGAGUACACCAAACCUUUACCCCCAAAGAGUAGAAGGCUACCUGGUAGGCCAUCUACUAAGAGGAGGAAAAGUGCAGCAGAAAGGGAGAUAUCAAGCACACACACAGUAUCAAGAGUAAAGCAGGUGCAAAGGUGUUCAAUAUGCUAUGUUAGUGGGCAUAAAAAAAAUGGGUUCCCAACAACAGGUGAUCCGGUUCCUGGAUCUUCCACUCUAGCUCCAAGUGCAACACCAGGAUCCACUUCUGCAGCUCCAAGUCCAACACCAGGAUCCACUUCUGCAGCUCCAAGAUCCACUCCGGCAACUCCAAGACCAAGAUCCACUUCUGCAACUCCAAGACCAAGAUCCACUCCUGUAACUCCAAGAUCCACUUCUGCAAGACCAGUUCAAAGUGAAGUUCAAUUGAGAAAGAGGAAAGCUUCAGAAAGAAUCAUCAAAAAAUGCCUGAGGAAAAAAGUGGUGCCCAAGGAUGGUAGUGGUUGUAGUUCAAACAAACCUGUAGAUUUGGGUUGA